CAUGCGGCGGCGCAUUAGCUUCCUUCACCGCGAAGCCAAGGCGUAUGGUGGUGGUUCGUGCCCAAGCUAUAAACCCAGACAUUAAGAAGGAUGAAGCAAAAGUGGUCGACUCUGUUCUCGUCACUGAACUCUCUAAGCCUCUUACUGCUUACUGCAGGUAGUUGCGAAUAUGCAUUGCUGACAAAAAUUGUUAGAAACCUGUGUUGGAGGUCUGGGACUUUUCCUCUAUGUGAUGGAAGCCAUGUGAAGCACAAUAAGGAAACCGGAGAUAACGUUGGACCCCUGCUAUUGAAGAAGCAAUUGUUAACCUCCCCGCUCACUUUAUUCUCUGUAUUGUCUCCACCAUUUUGGACCACCGCCGCCGCCUUCUCAACAACCUCCGUGUUCAUUUCCAUUCUUGAUUUUCCCGGCCAAAUUCGCCGGAACCUGAUGCUUCCUAAUUCCAAUAACCCUCCUUCAAAACCCAAAUCCCCUGAUUUUUCCGAUCGAAAAAACUCCUUUCUGAUUUCUUUUCACAAUCCACGUACAUGGCUUAUUCUUACCCUCCUCCUUUUUCAAAUUCUUCUCCUCUUCACUCUCCGCUCCCGCCCCUUUUCCGCUUACAUCACUUUCCACCCCCACUCUUCUUCUCCGCCCCUUACCCUCCCCACUGAAUCUUCCGCCGCCGUUCAUGCUGAUAGUAGUUCGACCAUUACACAAGUUGAUAAUGUUACUGACUUAUGUCCUUUAGGUAAAAUCUAUGUAUACGACCUUCCCCUGUUUUUCAACGCGGAGCUAAUUCAAAAUUGUAAUGAGUUGAACCCAUGGAUUUCCCCUUGCGAAGCGCUGUCGAACGAUGGAUUUGGCCGGGAAGCGACCGCAAUUUCGAAUUUAAUUCCGGAAAGCUUGAUCCGUUCGUGGUAUUGGACGGACCAGUUUGCAUUGGAGCUAAUUUACCAUAAUCGUAUGUUGAAUUACCGGUGCAGGACUUUGGAGCCGGAAUCAGCGUCGACUUUUUACAUUCCGUUUUAUGCUGGUCUCGCCGUGGGGAAGUACUUGUUUAAGAAUAAUUCCAGUGCAAAAGAUCGCGAUCUGCAUUGCGAGCUGUUGCUCAACUGGGUUCAGAAUCAGACUUAUUGGCAGCGAACUGACGGAUGGGAUCAUUUCAUCUCGAUGGGUCGGAUUUCAUGGGAUUUCCGGCGAUCCAAGGAUGAAGAUUGGGGUUCAAGUUGUAUAUACAUGCCGGGUAUGCGUAACAUCACGCGCCUCCUUAUAGAGAAAAACCCUUGGGAUUAUUUCGACAUUGGAGUACCUUAUCCCACCGGAUUCCACCCCAGCACCGCCGACGACAUCGCACAGUGGCAGAACUUCGUCCGUCACCGUGAAAGAAAAACUCUGUUUUGCUUCGCCGGAGCUACACGUGGGUUUAUCAAAAACGAUUUCCGGGGUUUAUUACUGAAUCAUUGUUACAGCGAGUCAGAUUCAUGCCGAGUUCUGGACUGUGCUGGUUCCAAAUGCUCCAAUGGCACUUCAGAAAUUAUGGAAACUUUUCUCGAUUCAGAUUUUUGCUUACAACCCAGGGGUGAUAGUUUCACUCGAAGGUCCAUUUUCGACUGCAUGGUGGCCGGUUCAAUUCCGGUUUUCUUCUGGAAGAGAACGGCUUAUUACCAAUACGAAUGGUUUCUGCCCGGUGAACCGGAGAGUUACUCAGUGUUCAUAGACCGGUACGCGGUGAAAAAUGGGUCGUCCAUUAAAGCGGUUCUUGAGAAUUUCAGCAAAGAAAAGGUGAAGUCGAUGAGGGAGAAAGUUAUAGAGAAUAUAGCGAAGAUAGUGUAUGGUAAACCCAAUGAGGGGAUAAAUGGCGUUAAAGAUGCAUUUGAUAUUGCAGUGGAGGGUGUGUUGAAGAGAAUCAAGAAGCAUGGAGGAGAGUAUAAAUGGUAAUAAAAAUUGGCACUUUGGUGGUGCAUGAGCAUGACGGCAGUUAUGUUUAGUUACUGUCUUCCUGUCACACAAAUGCGCCAUUAAAUUGACAGCAGCUGCAGUUUGGGAUGAAAUUGAUAUGAUUGUUUUGUACUAGUAAUAAUUUUAAUGUUGUAUUUACGUUGGUAUAGGUUGUUUUUAUGGAUGAAUUCUUUUGUUACGACUGGUGUAAAGAGAAGUAUUGAAUACAUCAUGUAAAUUAUUAGUUUUGUUUCCGAAUUAUUAACCGUCUUAAAUGGUGCCAGAGGAAUGAAACAAAACAGAAGAAUCGCGCUUGGGCCCUUUGUGUUUGUG